AAUGUCUUUGCCCAGGAGCCCCUCUUGAACUCUCUCCAUAGCGCAUGUGCAGUAUGGCUUAUUCAAGGUUUGCCAGAGCUGUGCUCGGCAGCACGCCCCGCCUCGGCAUCGGUGGGAGCCCGAAGAUGGUGUCUAACAACAACCCCGCGUUGCGGCUAUCCAUUAUAUCACAGCACCUCACCGGCCAACCUCAACCCUCUUUCAGCACUUCCAGCCCUUCUUCUUGCCACAGUCAAAGCCGCAGCAUCUCAUCGUCACCGCCGCGCUCGAACAUGUCGUCCCAGCCAAGUCAUCCCACCUUGUUGAUUCCGGGCCCCAUCGAAUUCGAUGAUGCCGUGCUACAGUCCAUGAGCCACUACAGUGAGUCGCAUGUAGGACCCGGUUUCGUCGCGACAUUUGGAGAGACACUUUCAAUGCUUCGCAAGCUCUUCCAGACCACGUCACCAUCAUCGCAACCAUUCGUCAUUUCCGGGUCCGGCACUCUGGGUUGGGAUUUGGUAGGAGCCAAUUUAAUUGAGUCUGGCGAGAAUGCGCUUGUUCUCAGUACCGGCUACUUUGGGGAUAACUUCGGCGAUUGCCUCAAAGUCUACGGUGCCAAUGUCGAUAUAUUAAAGGCCCCAGUCGGAAGUCGGCCGCAACUCCCUGAGAUCGAGCAGGCGCUGAAAAGCAAGAAGUAUAAGCUACUUACCGUCACUCACGUCGAUACGUCUACCGGCGUAUUGAGUGAAUUGAAGAACCUCUCAGAAACGGUUAAGCGCGUUUCCCCCGACACAUUGCUCAUCGUGGAUGGUGUGUGCAGUGUUGCUAGUGAAGACAUUGACUUCGAUGCCUGGAAGCUGGACGGUGUCAUUACAGCGAGCCAGAAGGCUAUCGGAUGUCCCGCUGGUCUGUCGAUAUCUAUGUUCAGUGGCAAGGCCAUGGAGGCUCUGGAGGCGAGAAUGAGCCCACCGGCUUCUUAUUUCGCUUCUAUGAAGAACUGGCGGCCUAUUAUGCAAAAUUACGAGGCGAAGAAGCCGUCGUACUUUGCUACACCAUCCCCCCAACUCGUCCACGCCUUGCACACGGCCCUGUCCCAAAUCCUCACAAAACCCCUAUCUGAGCGAUUUGCGAAGCACACCGAAGUCUCUGACAAGAUCAAGAAGGCUGUCACGGACCUUGGACUAAAGCAAGUUGCCAGCAAUUCCGAUGACCAAGCCCAUGGCAUGACCGCCAUCUACCUGCCUGAAAGCGUUAAGGCGACAGAUUUACUCCCCAAGCUCGCAAACAGCGGCGUUAUCUUUGCUGGUGGCAUUCACAAGGAGAUCGCAGCCAAGUAUGUUCGGUUCGGACACAUGGGUGUCAGUGUUACCGACCCUGCGCGGGGGGAUAUUGACAAGGCAAUCAAUGCCCUCAAAGAUGGCCUCACGGCGUGUGGAUAUCAAACUUCAUAAGUGACGUCAUUUAAAUCGAGCGAAGCAGCAACACCGCAUAAUUAUGCAUCUUGUAACCACAUAUUUCCAAAAUUACAACACUAGAGCACAUAGUCAUAAGACUAGGUAUUUACGGGGUUACGGGUAAUUCAAGGAAAGGAUGUAGAGUAAUAGACAGUGCGGGUAUUUUCAGAGUGUCAAUAUAAUGUGAUGGGUUUGAAUUUUUUUAAAACCUUGGAGAAAUACUCGACUAAGCCAUAGUAUUAAACUCAGCAGUGGCCAGUUCGUAACCAUCUCCAGUAAACAUCAAAUCAUCUAUUGGCUUUAUGGUCAGAUUAAUGUGGUUAUAGAGACCGUAGCGUACCUAGUAUCUUUUCAGUGAUUAAAUUGGGUGCAUCAAGCCAUCAACGAACAUUUUUGACUUUCUCUAAUGGUCAACCUAGUGGACUAGUGAUGAUUAGGCG